UGACAAUUAUUUUCGCUCAAAAGCAAACAGUUAUGCGAAAAGUGUUUCAUUAGGAGAAACAACUGGGUUUAGUGAAAGUCAUGUCUACUACUGUUCACACCGUAUCCCAAAUGGCAGACAUUUCCCAUAUAGAUAUCGACCGCACUUUCGAGGCCUGGAUUAAUACAAGUCUGGAACGUUCGCCAGAUUUGGCCAAAAAGAUUAAUACCGUGUAUCAAAUCAAUAUCAGACAACAGCCAAACUCGGUGUCCACUUGGGUUUUGGAUCUGUCCAAAGGGUCGGGAGCUCUCUAUAGGGAGGCUAAGAACGACAUUAAAUGCAGUAUUACUCUCGAUGGCAAUGAUCUGAUGGAAGCCAUUAAUAAUACAAAUCAUUUGCGAAAGUUAUUUGUUGAGCGAAAAAUGACACUAAAGGGUACGAGAGUUGCGUUGGAAAAGUUGCAACAGUUUUGGGUCGAAGCAAACAAUUGUAAUAAAAACUUCGGUUUAAUCACCAAAUCAUUGGAUGUUAAGCCAGUGGUCGGCAAUCGCGUCGAUAACUUUGAUUUCACAUCUAAUGGCUUCAAAAGUGAUAUCAUAUUUCAUACACUUAAGAAUCGUAUGCACGAAGAGAAGGAUAUUGUCCGCAAACUGACUGGUAUUAUGCAGUUUGAUAUCACCAAAGAUGACACAAAAUCCGUGUGGACGAUUGAUUUCACUAAACCAUUGGGUGAUAACGUAUAUCGGGGGACAUCACUAGAAAAACCCGUUUGUAUACUAUCGAUGGAUGACGAAGAUUUUGCCAAAAUGAUGGUCAAUAAGUUUAAUCCACAAAAGGCAUUUAUGAUGGGAAAGAUGAAAGUGAAGGGACAGAUACUCUCUAUCUAUAAGUUGUUCACCGUUUGGGUCGAAGCGGCGUUUAAGAAGAAAAGGGCUCCCGAAGUGCCGUUUAUUGAAGAGAUUUUGUUUAAAAGUGAUUUAAUUCCUGGCCUUAAGAGUGAGAUAAUGGUGUUUCGACUCAUUCAACGAUUUGUUAAAUAUCCGCAAUUGUGUGAAGAAGUCGGAGGUUUCUAUCACUUUGAUAUUACCAAAGAUGGCAAAGUUGUGUCCAAAUGGAAGCUCGACUUCACAGCAAACAAAAUAUGCGGAGUAUUUACUCGACUCCCGAUUGAAAGUCAUUUAGUCUCAGAUCCACUG